AUGCCGGUGCACAUGAAGGUGCGACCACUGGUAGGCAUUUAUUACGAGGACAGUCUCGUUGAAUACUAUUGCGAAUUCAAACACAUGAUUUUGAUUGGAAAUCCUCACCGACAGUGCCUGCAUGAAAUCCCGCGGCGUUUUGUGGAUCGGAUAGAAUUAGUUAACGUUAAGAACCAUACCGUCAGUAAUGUGUAUCGUUCACUCAUUUACGAUUAUAAUUAUUUGAAUAAUUAUGCAAAAUAUCAAUCGAUGACAUUUUACGGCGACCCGACUAACCCGGGAGAGUGUGUCCACUCCAAAGUCAAGGCUGAUGUAACCCGAAUGCAGUGGCGGGUAGUCUUCAAGUGGACCAUCGGUCAGGUUUAUCACGUGUCAGUCGUGGUCGACACCACAGCAAUGAAACAAACUAUCGAUACAAGAAAAACGAGUUCAGUUAUCAGUGAGAUAUACGUUAGUGAUUAUCGGGAGUGCAAAGCAGCAAAAACAUCCCCAGAAACGGUCGAUACUAACGAAAAAGUGCUGAAAUACACAUUCAUUUGCGAUCUUAAAGAUCAAAGCAAUGGCCAGAAAUUGGAGGACUUUCAGUCGAUUCGGUCCGAAGACCUUAAGAAUAUUACCAUCACUUUUGCGGUCAAUGAAAUCACAGUCUGUGAGCUACACGUGGCCGAGACUUUACCCAUUCGCUACUAUAGUCGCGGCUCCUGUGGCUCUCCAGAUAUACCCCUAUACUCGUCGUACGUUCCCGUUUGGGACGAGACUACUAAUGGUGUCAUUCCUAUCGGCUAUACAUUCACUUGCGAUAAAGGCUUUCAAUUAGACGGCAAUCAAGUAGUCACGUGUGGUAUAAACAAUCAAUGGUUGGACAAAUUCCCAACAUGUCUGCCCAUAAAUACCUGUCCAACAAUGGACGGCACAAAACUAGAUGAAUUGUCGCUUAAAGUUGAAUACCGCAAUCUAUACAGUGUUGACGGAAAUAUUACAGCUAUUAAUGGCACUCAAGCCAUAUAUUCAUGCAAUCCUCACACCAAAGAUGACGAUAACGUUAAUAAGACAUUACUCGGAGAUUCCGUACAAUUCUGUCAAAUUAUGGGCAAUUGGAGUGGAGAAGAGCCCGUCUGCUUAGGUCUAUACAAUAGAAAGACAGACUACACUAUAUUCGCUCACCACCAGCACAGACCCAAUCAGUGCGGAAUACCAGCCAUUCCUAAAUACUCCCGAAUCUAUACUCACGACCCAAACCUAAUUGGCGUAUAUUUGGCCGCAAUUAAAGGCAAACUCGAUCUAAUGCCCAGUUAUCCAAACGGAUCAGUCAUGACAUACGGCUGCGAAUCUAAGUUUGAUUACAUG